CAAAAUCUGAUUUUCACAUGUCAUUUUUUUGUGAGGCAUUAUGUCACUCUGUUCCUCCCUCUCUCCUCCUGCUGUUGAGCAUUCUGCAUGAACGAAAGAGAGAGAAACCAGGAAGGCAGAGGCUGCGACUCUGCAUUUACAACUAAGUGCAUGAGAGUGACUGUGUGUGUGUGUUCCUGUUAAAGUGUGUGUGUGAGGGAGAGGGAGAGGGAGAGAGGGAUGUAGACGUUUGGCAGAGAGAGAAGAAGAGAGGGAUUUGGCCGACCUGUCGGGGUCUUUCAUGUCACAUUUCUGCCCUGAGGACCUGACCUCUGUCUCUCUGUCUGGAAAAUAACCUGGAAAAACUAAAAUGGAAUAUCGGAAAACUCCACUCUGCAAAACAGUCGGAACAACAUCCCCCCUGCUGCCUCUGCCUCAGAGGAAGAGCUAAAGGGAAGAAUGACUGAAAAUUUUAAUUUGUAUCAGCGUAAGAAAGUGAAGAGGAGAGGAGGGCUUAUGUACGUGGGCCUGUCUGACAACUGGGGGAGGAGGACGCAAGAGAUUUAUUCAUAUAAUUAUACUGGUUUUUUCUUCUUCUUUGAGGGAAAAGUGGAGAGCGGACAGGAGAUAGUAGGAGAGGGGAGGAGAGAGUAGAGGAAUACAGAGCAGAGAGAGGAGAGGACCAGAGCAGAGAGGAGGAGGAAGGAGAGGAGGAGGAAGGGGAGGAAAGGAAGAGGAGAGGAGAGGAGGGGAGAGGUGUAAACACACUCCAGAUGGGAUCCUGGCAUUAAUGAAAUGGGAGCCAUGAAGUAUGAACUCCACUGACAUCUGCAGGACGAUAGAAUAAGCUCAACUAGCUGCGCAAUCAUGAGCACUCCCACGACAGGAACUCCAACUAUGGAGGUGAAGGUGGUCUCCCAGGAGAUGGCAUUGCUUAGCAACAUACUGGCAGCUUACACCUUCAUUGCAGACCAACCUGAGAGGACUGCCUUGGUGUUUCUGGGCGGUGUCUGUGUCGGCCUCCUUGUCACACUCUGCGCCAUCGUCUUCCAAAUACACUGUCGAGCGGACUGUCACUAUGGCAACAGUAAGCAUCCUCACAAUCGCCACAGGAAUAGGCAUCAUCACCGUCGCCAUCACGGCUGUCCCCUCCAUCAGGCCACUGACAGUAAUCCAGACAACACUGCUGUUGUUGCCGCUGGAGGGACGGGGCCCACUGGGGACAGUGAAUCGGAGGACUGGGAUGACACGUCUGACCUGUCGGCACGGAGACGCAGACGCUUCGAGAGAGCUCUGCUGCACGCCAGCAUGUUCACAUCAGCCGAGGAGCUGGACCGGGCCCAGCGGCUAGAAGAGCGGGAACGGAUUCUCCGAGAGAUCUGGAUGAACGGACAACCAGACAUCAGUACAGUCACUCAAAGUCUCAACAGAUAUUACUGACGCACAGUCAAACAGGCAGAUAGUCAGGAGGACACGGAGCCUGACAGGCGGGCAGACGGAUAAAGGAACAUAAACAAAAGAAAAAACACUGAAUGAAAUGAAAAUAAACCAUCAGAUCGGGAGCGCUGUCUUCACUGCACCAAAGAGACUCUUACAGAUCAAACUACUAGUGACAGUAAUGCCGAGAGCGGCUCCCUCCACUCUGUAAACAACAAGGGAAACAUAUGAGUUGUGAUGGCUCACUCCUCCAAAACAACAAGAUGACACUGAAGUGUUGGGAAGAAGAAUGUCCUCGUGCCCUGAAAAGCCAACAAGUAAAGACACAACGUACCUACAGAGCUCACAAAACUACACAAGGGAUUUUAUAACUUUAAAUAUUUUAACAGGUGCUUCUGAGAAAUGUGUAGGUACAUAAAAAGAAUGGGAGGCAUUAAGGAGGCUGCAGUGCUGCAGCUGUUCAUGAGUGUAUGGAUUCAAAUAUCAGUGAUAUUUUGUUGUUGCACUUUUCUCAGCUCACCAUUCUAUUGGUGCGCACUGGAAUUAAAGACUGAAAUGAGGAGGUACAGAAGCUCAAUGCCAAGAUACAUUUACACAUACUGGUGCUUUUACUGCUGUAACUCUACAUCCCCAGAUGGUGGUUGAUAAAAUAUGUAGGAUGUACGUCUGUUGGUUGCAUCUGUUGGCUGGAGGCUGAGCAGCACAGGUGUUGUUGCACAUGGACACAGGACAGCUGGUCAUCAUGUCUGCAGCCCAGUCGCCAGAGGAAAAUCAUUGCAUUGUUCUUUGCUGUAAACCAUGAAUACAUUACAUUUACAUGUUUCAUACGAAUCACAUCAGUGUUUCUGAAAUGAUGUCAUAUAUCCUCCCAAGACCCUCUGUCCUCACAUUUUGGGUUUACUUGACCCUAUACUUCAUUUUACUUAACUUAGACCUGUUGUCCUUGUUUGUGGACACAUUUUUGUGCCAUCUAGUGGUAGUAAGAGCACAGUAUACUAAUCCAUGUAAAAACAAGAUGGCAGCCAUCUCUGCCAAGUCAGUCUGCAGCCGAUCCCGACACAAAAGUGGACAAGGUCCAAAACCUGAUCACAUUUUAUGGUUGAAACAUGUUUAUUUAUGAUUAAUAGUGUUUGCAGUUUGAUAUGGCAACAAAUUUGAUCAAUUUUAGCAACAGUAACAAAACAAGACGCUGUUAAUUAGGAAGUACUGUUUUAGGACAUUGGGACUUAAUUGUUGUCCAUUUGAGGACAUUUGGAUUUAAUUAUUGUUGACAGCGUUUAGUUUUUUUUUAUACUUUCCGGAUAUAUUUAUCCCAAAUUGAUAGGAGAAAUUAAAAAUGAAAACAAAACAAAAGUUCAGGUCUCAGGAGGAUAUAAGCUGCCUUUGUUAUCGGGAGGUAAAGGGGAUGAUGGAUGGCGUGUCACCUAGACGAGACGUCUGCAGCACUGCUAAAAACCUACGAACAACAACACCAACUGUUUUGGGGCAAUCCUUCACGACGUUUUCACCGGUGUUUGUGAAACCAGACCUGAGUGUUUUUCACCAACACAUUGUGAUGCUUGAUCCACGGAACCUAGGUGUUUUUUUACAGACCUGUCCUUGCUUUUCCAGAGGCUCUUGUGCAACUAAACAUUUUUUUUUAAAGCCGAAACAUGAUGUUUUUGGAAUCAUGACCAAGUGGUUUUUGUGCCUAAACAUAACCACACCUUAAUCACUACAAAAUAAUGUACAAAUGUAAUGUAUUUAUGGUUUUCAAAAAUUUACAAUGCAAAAAAACCCUUCUGGUGACUGGGCUGAUGUGUGCAAGGACCAUGCUGCCUUUCUUUGUUUGGCUCAUGUGGUAAUGAGCUGAAAAAAAACCCCCAACUUUAAUUCCAGGUGUUUAUGAAAGCAGUUUUCUGUACAUAUUAUUGAGUAAAGUCCCUUAUUAAAAUGAAAAUACUGUGGCUCAGAUUUCUUCAACAGUAGUUGCGUGUUCUUGGGUUUGUUGUCCAUGUGUUGAAUCUGCUAUAAGGAGAGAUAAUGAGCUGUGGUGAAAGC